GCCAUCUGACUACGCAAAUGCCCUGUGACUCACUGUGCCACCUGCCCUCCCCUGCUGGGGAUAAAGCGUCUAUUAAAUUAGGCUGUAGUGAAAGUGUCACUUCCUCAAUUCUGUGAGGCACCCUGGUGGAGCAUCACUCUCUUCUUGCUGCCCAGCUGGUCAGACAGAGCCUCUGGAGGAGCCUCCAUUCUGCAACAUGGUUCUCUGUUGCAGGACUCUGCACCCCUUGUGUCUCCUAGUACAAGCCGCAGUUCUGGCUGGGGCUCUGGCCCUGGGCACCCGACCUGUCUUCCUGCCCUGUGACCUGAAGCCUCGUGGCCUGGUAGACUGCAACUGGCUGUUCCUGAAAACUGUGCCUCACUUCUCGGAGGCAGCACCCCGUUCCAACAUCACCAGCCUCUCCUUGGUCUCCAACCGCAUCCACCACUUGCAUAACGCCGACUUUGCCUACUUUCCCAGCCUGAGGCGACUGAACCUCAAAUGGAACUGCCCACCCACUGGCCUCAGCCCUCUGCAUUUCCCUUGCCACAUGACCAUUGAGCACAACACCUUCCGGACUAUGCGCGCCCUGGAAGAGCUGAACCUGAGUUACAAUGGCAUCACCACUGUACCCCCACUGCCCAGUUCCCUAAUGAACCUGAGCCUGAGCCACACCAACAUCCUGGUACUAGAUUCUGACAGCUUCGCUGACCUGUACAACCUGCGCUUUUUCUUCAUGGAUGGGAAUUGCUACUACAAGAAUCCCUGCAGCGGGGCAGUGAAUGUGACCCCAGGUGCACUCCUGGGCCUGAGCAACCUCACCCAUUUGUCACUUAAGUAUAACAACCUCAUGAAGGUGCCCCGGCAGCUGCCCCCUAGCCUGGAGUACCUGCUGGUGUCCUACAACCACAUUGUCAAGCUGGAACCUGAAGACCUAGCCAAUCUGACUUCCCUUCGAGUGCUUGAUGUGGGCGGGAACUGUCGCCGCUGUGACCAUGCCUUCAACCCUUGUGUAGAGUGCAAACAAGAGUCCCUCCAGCUGCACCCUGAGACCUUUCAUCACCUGAGGCACCUCGAAGGCCUGGUACUGAAGGACAAUUCUCUCCACACGCUGAACUCCUCCUGGUUCCAAGGGCUAGUCAACCUUUCAGUGCUAGACCUAAGUGAGAACUUUCUCUAUGACUGUAUUACCAACACCCUGGCCUUUCAGAACCUGACAAAGCUGUGCAAGCUCGACCUGUCCUUCAAUUACCGCAAGAAGGUAUCAUUUGCCAAGCUCCACCUGGCAAGGUCCUUUGGGAACCUGGUGUCACUGCAGGAGCUGAACCUGAAUGGCAUCUUCUUCCGCCUGCUCAACAAGAACACACUCAGGUGGCUGACCAAUCUGCGCCACCUCCACACUCUGCAUCUCCAAAUGAACUUCAUCAACCAGGCCCAGCUCAGCAUCUUUGGUACCUUCCCAAGCCUUCGCUUUGUGGACCUGUCAGAAAACCGCAUCAGCGGGUCUUUGAAAAUGUCAGCAACCACCCUCAAAGAGGCAGAUGAUGGGGUGCAAGAGAAUCUGUGGUCUGGGGUUCUCGCCCCAGCCCUACUGAGCACCCCUAAGAACUUCAUGGUCAGGUGUAGGAGCCUCAAUUUUACUUUGGAUCUGUCUCGGAAUAACCUGGUGGCAAUUCAGCCAGAGAUGUUUGCCAACCUCUCUCACCUCCAGUGCCUAAGCCUGAGUCACAACGGCAUUGCACAGGCCGUCAAUGGCUCUCAGUUCCUGCCGCUGACCAAUCUAAAGGUGCUGGACCUAUCCCAUAACAAGCUGGACUUGUACCACGGGCGCUCGUUCACUGAGCUCCCACAAUUGCAGGCUCUGGACCUGAGUUACAACAACCAGCCCUUCACCAUGCGGGGUAUUGGCCACAACUUUAGUUUUGUGACCCAUCUGCCCAUGCUGCAAUACCUCAGCCUGGCACACAAUGACAUUCGCAGCCGUGUGUCCUCCCAUCUUCACAGCACCUCGUUGAAGGUCCUGGACUUCAGUGGCAAUGCUUUAGGCCUCAUGUGGGGUGUGGGGGACAUUUACCUUCAAUUCUUCCAAGGUCUCAGACACCUGCAGCAGCUGGACCUGUCUCAGAAUCGCCUGCAUAUCCUCCAGCCCCAGAACCUCGACAACCUUCCCAAGAGCCUGAGGUAUCUGAGUCUCCGUGACAAUUACCUGUCUUUCUUUAACUGGAGUAGUCUGGCCUUCCUGCCCAACCUGCAAGUCCUGGAUCUGGCAGGAAACCAACUAAAGGCCCUGUCCAACGGCACCCUGCCUAACGGCACCCAUCUUCGAAAGCUGGAUGUCAGUAGCAAUAAUAUUGUCUCUGUGGUUCCAGCCUUCUUUGCUCUGGCAUUGGAGCUCAAAGAGGUCAACCUCAGCGACAACAUCCUCAAGACAGUUGAUCGCUCCUGGUUUGGACCCAUAGUGGCAAACCUGACAAUGCUGGAUGUGAGAAGCAACCCCUUGCACUGUGCCUGUGGGGCAGCCUUCGUAGACCUCCUGCUGGAGGUGCAGACCAAGGUGCCUGGCCUGCCCAAUCAGGUAAAGUGUGGCAGUCCCGGCCAGUUGCAGGGCCGCAGCAUCUUCACUCAGGAUCUGAGGCUGUGCCUGGAUGAGGUCCUUUCCUGGGAUUGUUUUGGUCUUUCACUGUUGACUGUGGCUGUGGGCAUAGCAGUGCCUUUACUACACCAUCUCUGUGGCUGGGACGUCUGGUACUGCUUCCACCUGUGCCUGGCGUGGCUACCUUUGCUGGCCUGGGGCCGGCGCGGUGCCCAAGCCCUUCCUUACGAUGCCUUCGUAGUGUUCGAUAAGGCUCAGAGCGCAGUUGCCGACUGGGUGUAUAGCGAGCUGCGGGUGCGGCUGGAGGAGCGGCGCGGGCGCCGAGCACUGCGCUUGUGCCUGGAGGACCGGGAUUGGCUGCCCGGCCAGACGCUCUUCGAGAAUCUCUGGGCCUCCAUCUAUGGCAGCCGCAAGACGCUGUUUGUGCUGGCCCACACGGACCGGGUCAGCGGCCUCCUGCGCACCAGCUUCCUUCUGGCUCAACAGCGCCUGCUGGAGGACCGCAAGGACGUGGUGGUGUUGGUGAUCCUGCGCCCAGAUGCCCACCGCUCCCGCUACGUGCGCCUACGCCAGCGCCUCUGCCGACAGAGUGUGCUCUUCUGGCCCCAGCAGCCCAGCGGUCAAGGCAGCUUCUGGGCCCAGCUGAGCACAGCCCUGACUAGGGACAAUCGCCACUUCUAUAACCGGAACUUCUGCCGGGGACCCACAGCAGAAUAGCCCAGAGAAGCAAUUGGGAACAACUGCACCUUCCCCGCCUGGCCACCCGGGUUGCUCUGCCUGCCUUGCUCUGUUCUGCUUUACUCCACCGGUAUCUAGCAGGUGCUCAAUACAUGCUCUCAAACCACCAGCCCUGGGCUCCUGGGCAGUGUGGGUGCGGGGAGAGAUGGGAAAAAAAUCUCCGUAUCUCCAAAAAGUAAAGAGGGAGAAGAUAGGUAAAAACGGGACCCACAGAGCAAAGGUUGGCUGUGAAGGGCAGUUUUAGGGCAGUUUUCUUACCAGGCAUCUUUCAGGAGGGUCUGAAGAUAGUCACCAGAUGUGGACUUGAUCCUUCCCAGAGAACACGGACAAGCCUGACUUUUUUUUUAAAGCUGUUCUCCGAAUGCCCUGCACCUCACUGUCUGUAUUGUUCUGGGCAUCUGCCUCCCUCACCUACUGGCCUGUUUUGAGGGCAGAGAAGAUGCAGGCCUAGUUUAUCUCUGGCCCUCAAGUCCUGAGAACAUUCCCAAGCGGGGCAGUGUUCACUAUUCAGUGUGUAGGAAAAAAGGAUGAUUGCACACUCUAGUGGCUGUGCCUAGGCUGAUCCAAGGUCAGUCUUGACUAAAGUCUUGCCAGUGACAGUAGCAUCGAGGAGUUGAGAGCCACAGAAGAUCAAACUGUGUGUGUGUGUGUGUGUGUGUGUGUGUGUGUGUGUGUGUGUGUGUGUGCAGUGUAUGUAUGUGUGAGGAUACAUGCAUGUAUGAGGGUCCAAGUACACAUGUGCAUGUGGAGGACCAGAAGUCAACCUCACAUGUCAUUCUUCUGGUGGUAUACAUUUUGAUCUUCGAGACAGAGUCUCUCAUUGACCCCAGAACUCACUAAUCAGUCUAUGUUGGCAGGGCAGAGAGCCCCAACCACUCACCUUUUUCAGCUUCCCAGCCCCGGGAUUAUAAAGCCAUGCACCACCCCUAGCUUUUUCACAUGGGUUUGGGGGUUCAAAUUCAGGUCAUCAUGCUUGCAUAGCAAGCACUUCCCAGCCCUUUUGACAUCAUGACAAACGCUGUCACCUACAUAGUUCACAUUUGAGAUCUGUGUGAUGAGUUCAAAAACAAAACAAAUCAUGCCAGAAAUAAGAAAAGAAGUUCAGUGGAUAGUUUUGUGUCCGACUACAAUCACAGCUAUCCUGGGAUAUAUCAGUCCAUGGGCCACAGAUUGAACACACCCAUUAAAAUGAACUCAUGGGGAUGGAGAGAUGGCUCAGGGGUUAAGAGCAAUGGCUGCUCUUCCAGAGGAUCUGGGUUCAGUUUCCAGCACCCACAUGGCAGCUCACAACUUUUUGUAACUCCAGUUCCAGAGGAUCUGAAAUCUUCCCACAGACAUCAAUGCAUAUAAAAAUAAAUCUUUUUUAAAAGAUGAACUCAUAAUCUAUUCCUUCCCACUUCCACCUAGAGGGUCAUGCUGGGUGACUGUUCAAAUAUUAAAAGCCACCUAAGAUGAGCUGCUACCUGGGUACAAAGGGGAGGGGCCUCUUCCAUGUGCUUGUCUCUCAGACCUGCUCAAACUUAGGCUGAGUCCUUGUCACAUCUGAUCAAGAUGGAGUAUAUACAUAUCUUUUUUUUUUCUUCUUUCUUUUUUUUUUCUCUCACAAGACAGGGUUUCUCUGUCCAGCCCCGGCUGUCCUAGAACUCACUAUAUAGACCAGGCUGGCCUCCAACUCAGAAAUCUGACUGCCUUUGCCUCAUGAAUGCUGAGAUUAAAGGCAUGCCCUACCACUGCCCAGAUCUGUUUUUAAAGCCAGGCAGGGUCUCACUACAUAACCCUGACUAAUCUGGAACUCUAUGUAGACCACUUGCUUCUGCCUCCCAAGCGUUGGGAUUAAAGAUGUGUACUACCAUGCUCCCAUUUUUAUUUUUAAUUUUAAAGUUGCAUUUCUUUCAUAUGCGUGUGGGGCGUACAGGUGCCAUGAUUGGCUUGUGGAGGUCAGAGGGCAAAGGAGUCAGUUCCCUCCUUCCACCAUGUGUGGUCCAGAGAUGGAGCUCAGGCUGAAGAUGUAAGUUACAGGAGAGAGCUGCCCUUUCCCCCAAGCCUUCUGCAAGUUAGUCAUCGUGCAGAGGUUGAAAUGUUGCAGGUCCAGAAAUUCAUUACAAUUUAUCUUGGGCUACAAUUCUAAUAAAUUACAACUUAUCUUAGCCUUCUGACUGGCCAUUCCUUGCCUGAAUUUCUAUCUAACUGAACAGAUAAAUGUGUUCACCUACCAGAAACAGUUUGUUUUUUUCCACCAACCAAAGGCUAAGAAUGCUAUCAAAUAGCAACUGAAGUCUACGGCUGAGGUAAACCUGCCUGCUUUGCUUGAACCUACCUUCUUAAUGUUUCCAUCAGUGUGUUUGAAAGGUACCUGGACUUGUAGGGUUUGUUUUAUUGUUUCUUUCUUUUUUUCUUUCUUUUUCUUUUUCUUUCUUACUUUUUUAUUGAGACAAGGUUUCUCUGUGUAGCUGGCUUCAAGAACUCACAGAGAUCCAAAUGCCUCUGCCUCCCAAGUGCUGGGAUUAAAGGUGUACCUCAUUAUGACUGGCUUUACUUGUGGUUUUCUUUGUUCUGUUAUUAUAAAAACUUCAUCAGACUGUUACCACAUUGGAAUAUGGAAUUUGAAGUAACCUAAAUCUGUGUUCUCAGACCAUGUUCAUUUACAUUUGGCUCUGGCAUAAACUGUCUCUUAUCCCCUUAAA